UGGUGGAUUCAGCCUCCAGCCAUCACCGAGCCGCUGCUGCAAUGCAGGCUUCUUCCUUUGCAGCACAGUUGUCCUGCAGACACCAUAAUGUGCAUUUUCACUCUGGGGAAGGCAAAGCAACCUGUUAUGGCUGCAGCUCCUGGCGUUCCAAUAAUGAGAUUGGCCUUUCCUGCUGGCAAACAGCACACCCCUGUCACCCGCCUUGCCUCCCUCCAGGAGAAGGAGAGCUGGAUGAGGAGCACUGGGCACAGCACUUCCCAGACUGCGCUGGCAAGCAGCAAUCCCCCAUUGACAUCCAGAGGAGGAAAGUGAGGUUCAACCCCCUGCUGCAGCUGGAGCUCGGUGGCUACGAUGGGCCCUUGCAGGGCCAGCUCAGGAUGACCAACAACGGCCACUCUGUUCAGAUCGAUUUGCCACCCACCAUGAACAUCUCCAGAGGGCUCCCGGGUGUCUACACGGCUGUGCAGAUGCACCUGCACUGGGGCGGGCUGGACCUGGAGAGCAGCGGCUCCGAGCACACCAUCGACGGCAUGCGCUACUUCGCCGAGCUGCACAUUGUCCACUACGACUCUGCUAACUACUCCAGCUUUGAAGAAGCCAAAGACAAGCCCCAGGGGCUGGCUGUGCUGGCCUUCCUGUACACGGAUGGGCACUUUGAGAACACCUACUACAGUGAAUUCAUCUCCAAACUGGCACGGAUCAGGUUUGCAGGUCAGUCAACAACGCUGAGCUCUCUGGACAUCCAAGCCAUGCUGCCAGAAAACCUCUCACACUUCUACAGGUACCAGGGCUCCCUGACCACCCCGCCCUGCUCCGAGAGCGUCAUCUGGACCAUCUUCCACUCCCCAGUGCUGCUGUCACACACCCAGGUGCAGCUCCUGGAGAACACCCUGCUGGACUGGCACAACCGCACCCUGCGCAACGACUACCGGCACGCGCAGCCGCUGCGGGGCCGCGUGGUGGAGGCCUCCUUCCCAGCCCAGCAGGGCCAGGCACAGUGCCAUGCAGAGGAAUUCACCCUCAGGCUGGAUCAAAUCCAGAUGCAGCUCCAGGACAUCAAGACUGAGUUGCUGAAUGGGCUGAGCCCCACAGGUACGAAAUCCAGCACCUUCCCAGCUUUCUACUUCCCCGUGGAAAGCAUUGAGAGCUUUGUGGAGGUUCAUCCCCUGCGUGCUGUGUCUCUGCAAGCCUUCACGCUGUGCUUCUGGAGCAGAUCCCAGCCCGCCGGCACCCACACCGUCCUGUCCUACUCCACUGGGGAGAGCGACCACGAGCUGGUGGUGACCGUGGGCACGGAGCUGGGGCUCUGGGUAGGAGGCCACUUCCUGAGCUUCCCCCUGCAGCAGGAGGCCCAGGGCUGGCUGCACCACUGCGUGACCUGGGCGUCCCCCGAGGGAACGGCCGCGCUCUGGCUCAACGGGGCAGCUGGCAAGGCCAAGAGCGUCCAGAAGGGCUACGUGAGCCAGCCUGGGGGCACCCUGGUGCUUGGCAAGGACAGGGACGCCCUGCUUGGCACGUUCUCCAACGGGUUUGCAGGGUGGCUGAGCCAGGUGAACCUGUGGAGCCGGGUGCUGGGCGCCGCCGAGGUUCGGGCGCUGGCGCUGUGCAGGGCAGGGCAGCCCACGGGGGAUGUCAUAGCCUGGGGACAGACCCCCAUGGCCCUGCUCGGGGGGGUGCUUCUGCUGCCUGACACCAGCUGCCAGUGAGCACAGGGCAGCCAGAGAGUCUGAACUGCUUGUUGGGGAAAGUCAGAAAAGCUGAGGUGGUUUGCUUGCUCCUGCUCCUGCUCUGUGGGCUCACUGUGCACCUCCUGGUGCUCUUUCCCAAGAGACCAAAACCUCCAUCUGUGAGACAAAAGCAAUGAACUGCAGAAUCUGGCACAAUCCAGCACCCUGAGCUGUUACAUCCCUUCCAUGGGGUUGAUUUAGAUCCCCAUACACAGAUUUUUUUUCAUGCCAAGGAGCUCCUUCUGGUCAAAGGAGCUUUCUCAAAUAAAAGUUCUCUCCCAUCCCUCACCUGUCUCAGUUUCUCACCAUCUUCCCUGCUUGUCUCUCCUGUUUGUCACCACCAGCCCACCACCCCCUCCCUU